AUGUCUGCGAACUUGACUGACUCGUGCAUAUCCCCUGAUCUCGGACCUUCGAACCGGUUCGUGGCGUCGACCGUGGUGUAUGGACUGGUUCUGGCCGUGGGUCUACCGCUCAACACGUUCUCCCUGUGGAUCCUGCUGCGCAGUCACGGGUGCCGGUCACCGUGCGCCGUGCUCAUGGUGAACCUCGCCGUGUCCGACCUGCUCCUCGCGCUCUCCCUGCCGUUGCGCGUCUACUUUUACGCAACGCUCCGGUGGCCGUUUGGAGCGGCCACAUGCACCGCUGCCAUCAUUAUGUUUCGCGUCAACAUCAGGACGAGCGGUAUCUUCAUCACUUUAAUCAGCGUGGACCGGAUGAUCGCCCUGGUCUUCCCUCUGCGCUCCCGCUCUCUGAGAACCUCCGCGUGCGCCUUUAAGUGCUGCGCGGUCGUGUGGAUCCUCAUCUCCAGCCUUUGCAUCCCAGAGAAUAUAAAACUCUACAGCUCCCUGAAACAUUGUUCCAGCAUACCGUGCUUUGAGGCUCAAACGCACCCCGAAGACUCAUCAGUCAUCCCGCUCUCACAGGCGAUAUUUUUAUUAAUACUCCUGCUGGUCAAUAUCGUCUCCACGGUCGUGGUCAUAAUCGUGCUGAGGAAGCGUCCCAGCGCUGGCGCGGCCAAGGUGAACAACAAAAUGAACGUGAUACUGAUUUUUGUAGUCAACAUGUUGGUGUUUAUAAUAUUUUUCCUGCCGUUUACUUUACAACUCUUGCGGUACAAUAAGAACAACAGCAAGGUUUUACGAGCGCUCGUAUGCCUGGCGAGUGUCAACUGCUGUCUGGAUCCGCUCAUCUACUACUUCUCUCUGGACUCGUUCUGGCAGGACAAGGGUAAAAGGCAGACGGAUGUAGGCACUCAUUCCCUCAGCAGGUCGAUGAAAAGGUUUUGACAAGCUGAGAACAGU